CCAAAGGAGGAUUUGGAAAAUUGUAUAAAUCUAGGCGGAUUGAUGGAAUUAUUAUUUACUGGGAUACCGAAAGAAAUUGCUAAUCACAAACUAUUCAGCGUUAAUUUUGGUGAAUUUAUUGCUCCUUGCCAGGGCAUUUCACAAGAUCCUAAAACAAAAGAAUAUAUUAUGGUAGUGCCUUAUAUGGAAGGCGGAAGAUUAAACAGCAUUCAUAAGCGAGGAUUAAUUCACAAAGAUUUUCAUCCAGGUAAUUUAUUAAUAGGAAUUCAAGAACAUCAGGAUGCUCCUGAGGCUGAAAUUUAUUCUAUUUCUGACUUAGGUUUAUAUAAUGCUCCAGAGCAACGUCCAACCGCUAAUGAAUUGGAAAGAAUUUUGCAUGAAUGGGUUUAUGAUGUCAAAAAUCAAAGAGAAACUGAAUUUUAUCAGCAAUAUAAAGAAGCACAAACUCUAAGAUACUACAAACUUCUUUCAGUCAUUUAUAAAAAACACAUAGGAAGAGAAACAAAAAUAGAAAAUGAAGUAGAAGCCGAGCAAAUUGGAUACGAACUACUUCUGAAUUUUGAAAGAAGUUAUCUUAGCACUUUUGAUCACAAUUCCUAUUCAAUAAGAAUGAUUAAGGAGAGAACCCGACUGAUUAAUACCAAGCAAAUAACUCAGCAAUUAGAAAAGUUAAAAAACGAUGAAGAAUACCACACUAAGUCUUUGGAAGAAUUGACUCUGAGUUUGGAUAGUCUUAAUUUAGAUGAACUAACCAUCCAAGAAGACCUCCAAGAACAAUCUUCUACCCAAGCCCAAAUCCAAAUUCCACCUAAGAAAUAA